AUGCUGGAGGCCGCGGAAGAAGCCACCGCCGUCCCCGUGAUCAACGUGCGGGUGACGCUCCCCGAGUGUGUCACCGCCGCCGACAAAGUCGAGAUCCCCUUCACCGGCGACCAGCUGGUGGGCGACUUGCGCCAGUACCUCGCCGCCCUCCCCGUCGCCCGCAACUUGACCCACUACCGCGUGGUCAUUGGCGGUGCCGAAGUGACCGACGACACCGUGUUCGGUGAUAUUGGUGGCGACGGCGUCGACGUGGCGAUCAAGGAAAAGCCUUACACGUUGCUGGCGGUGUACGACCAGAUCACCAAGUUCCGCCAGACGGUGGGGUUGCACUACUUGGACCGGGUGCUGAACGACUUGUCGGUGCAGCUGGGGGCGUCCAAGAUCAACACGCUCGGUUUGAAGCCCGUCGGCGGCCCUACUGAAGAGGAAGAGGCCAAGAAGGCCGUCGAAGAAGAACUGGAUAAAAAGGAGGACCAGCCGGCAAAGAAGUUGCUGGAAACCGAACAGGAACUCUUGCAACUGGUUACCGCUAUUCCCGAGCCGCUGUCGUUGCAGCAACAGGCCGCCUACGCCACCACCGUCGACCAAUUGAAGUGCCCCAUCCGCUCGAUCAUGGUGCUGCAAUGGCUGCCGGUCCCCGCUCAACAACGUCUUAAGGGUGACUUGCUCUACUUGACCAUCCAGACGUUGGAAGAAGAGACGUUUAACAUCACCUGUCACGUGCUGGGUUUUUUCGUCAACCAAUGCCUGAACCACACCUUCAACCCUCUGCUUAAAGUGAACGAAAAGGGGAAGUUCCACAAGGAGUACCUCUUGUACAACCUUGUCGCCAAGUUGCUGGCGCAGUUUGAGCCGGCGCUCGAGGCAUUCGACGCCACUUUGACCCUGCUGACGGACUUGCCAGAAACCUACUUCUUGCCCACUGCCGGCUUCACUGCCUGCCCCUGGGUCGCCGAAGCCCACGCUCAAGCGAUUAAGCCCGACAUUUCGCGUCUGCAAUUGCCCCUCAUCGCUAACGGCGUUGACGGCGCCGACUACGUCAAGGACUGGAACGAAGAAGUGCAAGCGGUUAAGGAAUUGCCGACGCUGCUGAUCGAAGAAAGAGUGUUGAGAGAACACCUCUUGCUCAAGACUUUGCACGAAUUCUCCGUCGCUGCCACUCACGAGCUGGUGAACAUCAUCCACGAAAACGUCCCCGCCAUGAACCCCGACGACGAAGCCAGACGCCAGAUCUACUUGCGCAACGGCAUCUUCUACUCUAACGGUGGCGUUGACGUUGACAACUACCCGGAAACCGGUGGCGACGCCGCAGCCUGGUACUUGAGCGGUAAGGACUUGAGCACCGUGCAAGUGCUCAACAAGUUGAUGACGCUGGUGCUGGGCCAAGACGUCCACACCGUGGCCACCUGUGCUGUCGACUACAUGGGCCACCGUGUCAUUGCUCAGGCCCCCGUCCCCGGUAUCUUUAGCCAACCGCCCGAAGACGUCGAAGCGGAAGAACGUGUCGUCUACGGGUUGUCGCUGGACAAGCUGGUGGUGGAAGCCGACCCUUCGUUCGAGGAACCGCUCAAGAGAGUGGCUGAAAUGUUGCACUUGAAGCCUCACACCGUCGGCGACAAGAAGCUUGUGGUGUCGCAAGACUUCAAGGGGAUCAACGGUACCGACCAAAGAAAGUAUUUGAUCGACACUUUCCGCGCCACCCCCCGCGACAUUGAGUUCAUCGAAGCCCACUGGGACCCCAAGAACCCCGAGUCGCUGUACCCUCACGCUGAGCCGCUCUUGCGUCUUGAAGCCGUCGACUUGUGGUGGCGCCAAAACGUCUCCGAGCUCCUCAAGGGGGUCAAGGAAGGCGAACCCACUCCCGACCUUGCCAACAAGUUCUUGCUUAACCCUGACGCUUUCGCUCCUGGCGUUAAGACGUCGCCCGAAGACGAAGCCGACGUUCGCGCCGUGUCUAAGUUCGUCAAGGAAACCCUUAUCGGCGAAUGGGUUAAGGCCAUCCCGCAAAUGGUGGCUCCUUUCGACGGUGCUAACUUGACCCGUCAAUUGCACGACCGCGGUAUCAACAUGCGCUACCUUGGUUUCAUCGCCGACGAGAUCCAAGCGGCGCUCGCCGCCCACCACUCCGUCGAAGCCGAGCAAAUCAAGGUUAACGUCGCUCGUGCCGAAGAAGUGCAAAAGGAACAAGAAGCUAAGUUGGAAGCGGAAAAGAAGCGCCGCGCCGACCUUGCCGAAGCUCGUGCCCAAGCAUUGAAGGAAGGUAAGGAACCUCCUGUCGAAGAAAAGGAAGAAGAGGAAGAGAAGCCUGAAGACCACAAGAUCGAGGAUACUAAGGCUACUUUCCACGGUGCCGUCGCCAACUACACCACCGUGUACCGGUUGGCCGUUCAAGAAAUGGUGUCGCGUGCCGCCAAGCACGUGUUGCGCUCGCUCGGCGCCGACGUGCCCAAGCCUCUCUACGCGGCGUUUGUGGCCCACUUCCACAACUGUCUCUUGCUGGAAGUUACUGGUACCGUGGAAUUGGACGCCACCACCAAGGCGUUGUUCCCCGAACAGCAAGCGUUCUUUGAGUUGGACGCUGCUAAGGUGUCGCAAUUGAUCAAGCAAGUGGUUCUUCAAAGAUUCCGCUUCCAACUCCCCGACGACUGGCGCCAACAAGUGCCUGCUCAAGUGUUGUUGAGAGAGAUUGCUAUCAAGUUCGGUAUCCAAUGGAAGGCUCAGGACUACGCCUUCACUCAGCAAGCGUUCGACGCCGCCAAGCAAGCGCUGGCGUCGCCUGAACCCGAAGCUGCCGCUGCUUCCGCCAAGAACGGCAAGAAGGACAAGAAGAAGGGUAAGAAGCAAUCGGCUAAGGUUGAACAAGUGGCUGAAACCCGCACUCUGACUUUUGUCGCCCUGGACAUCUUGGCCUUUGUCCCCGUGAUCAAGGACUCGCAAUACAAGGCGCAGCUUGUUGACGAGUUGUACGCUUCUGCCCGCGCCCACAUCGCCAACGAAGACAAGGAGAUCGGCUCGCAAAUCUUGGGCGACUUGGUCACCAUCGAGGAACAAAUGUACUCGCGUGUUCACAAGGAAACGGCGCAGUUCUACCUCAACAUGUCGCAGCUGUUCGGCGAAGUUGAUGCUACUUCGAUCCGGGCCGCCGCCAUGGCUCGUAAGGCGAUUGCUGUUGCUGAGCGCACGUUCGGUCCCGACUCGUUCGACCUGGUCAGAGCCUACAUCAACGCCGCCUACUUGGAAGCGCAAACCGGCGGUGCCGACGGCAUCGCCAACGCCCUCAAGAUGUACCGCCACGCCGUGUCGGUGAUUGCCGACAUCUACGGCACUGCCGACCACCCCGCGGUGAUCUCGACGUUGACGCUGUUCGCCGACUCGUUGGUGCACCAGCGCUACCUCACCGCCGCCGCCGAGGUGAUGGCGCUGUGCCUUGAGCUGCUGAUCCGCGUCCACGGGGACGUGUCGGAAAUGACCGGGUUCAUCUACUACCGCUUGGCCAACAUCGUCGUCAACAUCUCUACCGACGAGUACGCCGCGGCGCAGAAGUACUUUGCCCACGCCGGCGACAUUUUCGUCAAGCUUUUGGGGCCCGACGACCCCUUGCUGAAGGAGGCGAUGACCACUGCCACCAACUUGGCCGCCUACCUCAAGUUCACUGAGAUGCAAGCCGAAGCCAAGAAGCACAGCCAGGCCCAUGAGGCUAAGGCUAAGGCUAAGGUUAAGCCCGCUGCUGAACCCCAGGUGAAGAAGGGUAAGGGUAAGAAGCACACCCAAACUGCGCCUGACCCCGCCAUCGCUUCGCAAUCGGUGGACGACAUUUUGAAGUACAUCGAGGGCACCUCGGGGUCGAAGAAGAAGCUGAAGAAGAAGAACUAA